AUGUCAAUAUCAGGCAAGCCAUCGAUUAUGAGCCAUGCCCUAGAUUUAGAUAUACUUGAUAAGCCAUUCGAUGACUCGUCAAGCGCAGAUACAUCUAGUCCCUACGGAAGUUGUGAUAGUACGGAUAAGGACUCUGACGAUGAAGAUAUAGACCUUGAGAAAGCAGCGGACGAUGCUUUAUCGACAUGGUUUGGUAUAAGUCUUCGACGACUUGUACGACCAAUUCGUGUCAUCUAUGCCUUCGAACAGGUCAAAUGGCAGUGCGCUAGUAUACUACAAGAUGAAGGACAUUGCGUACAGGAAGACGAAGUUAAUGAAGAUAUAGGAGCCCGUACUAUUCCAAGCGGCCCUUAUGAUGCUGGAGAGAGUAGCAGGUCUACCCGUGCCAUCCUACCUCUGACUGGCACAUCUAACGUUUCUCCAUCUGGCGAAUCAACCCUGACAGGCGGGGGAACAUCUCAGUCCGGCUCUUCUCCACAUAAUAGUCUAAGUGUUAAAGAGAAGAACAAAAAGCAUCAGACUAGAUGGGAUCUUAGCUGCCCUUAUAGGAAGCGCAACCCCAUCAGGUUCAAUAUUCGCGACUAUGAGAAAUGCGCCAAUAAGUCAUUUCCCAAUAUGUCGGAGUUGAAGUGA